AUGUCGCUCCAAGUAAACGACCCACGGUCGCGCACCCGUUCCAAAUCCCCUGGUCGCAGCCGCGAACGCUCCCGGUCGCGCGACAGCCGAGUGCCCUCCCCCUCACCCUCCCGCUCCCGUGUCGAAACCCCACGCUACACUCCAGACGAACAAGCUGAAUUUGACCGCCAAUACAAGUCUCGCAACGACUACCGCCGCGAUGCACCAGAGCCGCACAGCGUCAUCUCCCGAGAGCCCAGAGAGCCCAGAGACAUUCGCUACGACGUGACCCGCCCCGGCUCAGACGAGGACAAGCGUCGCGAUCAUGCCGACAGAUACAAACGCCGCGACGACCGCUACGACCAUUCCGAUGACGAGCGCAUCCCCCGCCGCGAGUAUCCUGCGGCUCCUGCUGCGACGCGGCCGCCUCGCAGACGCUCGCCGGAUCGUGGAAGUCGCGUGGACGACUCCGAUGACUCAAUUGAUGACGAGUUAGCGUAUGGUGAUGCGCCGGGUGCUCACCCUAGCUAUGCGCGACCGGGGAUGUUCAAGUAUGGGCAGUCCACCCAAAAGCCUGCCCAGCAUGCGCGGCCGAAGCCUUACCCCAGUGCUGAUAUAGACUGGGCUUCUGUUCCUGAGUGCGAGCGCCCGGGUUUCGUGCCGCCUUCUUCGCGCGCCGAUACCGCUUCUAUGCCUGGUGCUUUCCCACCUGCUUCGGGGUAUACUGGUUCUGGGGUGUCUGCGCCUGUCUUCCCGACUCCGCACUAUUCGGCUACCGGUGCGCCGUCGGUUCCGUAUGGCUCUGGUCCUGGCUAUGCGCCGUCGCAUUAUCCCACCGCUUCGGCGAGUGAUAACAAGUACCCGCCGACUUCGUCUGUGUACGCCGACCUUGGCACAUUUCAGUACGCACAGGUCGACCCUAAUGUGAGGUAUACUUCGGCGCCGGACCAUGUCUCCAGGUCGCAGCAACCGCAAUCGCAGCCUCAACACCAGCCCCCGCCUCAGCCGCAGCAUAAGGACCCGUAUAUGUACAGCCUUGGGCCGCAGGUUGUGGAGAUCGCGCCUGGUGGAAGUCGGUCUGAAGCCCGCCCUCACAGCCUCUCUGUGUCGUCAUCCAACACCCUGGCACCAUACCACGGUACAUACCAGUCAAUCUCGCCGAUGCCAACGCAGAUUGUGGUCCCAUCCAUCCGUGACGACGACAUUUCCGACUUCGAACCCCUCGAUGGAGGUUCCUCAAACUCAGAAUCCGGCCGUCGCAGAAAGCACCGCUCGCACUCCUCCGUGAACGAAAAAGACCGCCCCCGCAGCAGCAAAGAUAAAGAGCGAGGUUCCGACCGCGACGACAAACGCAGACUGACGGCUCACAACCACACGCACACCCGCCACGACUCAUCCUCAUCCAUUGCAGCCGACUCAAUGGUCGUCAUCUCCCCAACAAGCGGCCGCAAACGCGUCUCCUUCUACGAUGCCGCCGCCGACGCAGCAGCAAUGCAAGCAGCCCUAAACCACACCCGCAACAUAGACAACAAAACUCUCAUCCAAAUCCUCCCCCGCCUCUCAAGCGACGAAAUGAUCCUACUCCGCCAGGAAUACAAGUCCCGCGUCCGCAUGCAGGGAAAAGGCAUAAAUAUCGCUAAACACCUCCGCCUCAAACUCGGCAGCUCCUCCUUCGCCAAAGUCUGCUACGCCACCGCCCUCGGCCGCUGGGAAUCAGAAGCCUACUGGGCAAACUGCUACUACCAAGCGGGCACAUCCCGCCGCGAACUCCUCAUCGAGUCCCUGAUGGGUCGCUCGAACGCUGCAAUCCAUGAAAUCAAAAACUCCUUCCGCGAUACCCGCUACGACAAUAGUCUUGAGAAAUGCAUGCGUGCUGAGCUGAGAGCCGAUAAAUUUCGUAUGGCCAUCUUGCUCGCGCUGGAGGGCCAUCGCCAGGAUGAUCGCGAGCCGCUGGAUACCAGACUCGUUCGUCAGGACGUGCAGGAUUUGCAUCGCGCACUUGUGCGCGAGGGCGGCGAGACUGCCAUGAUUGAGAUUAUAGUUUUGCGGUCUGAUAACCAUUUGCGAGAGGUGAUGAGCGCGUAUGAGGAUAACUACCGGAACAACUUCGCCCGGUCUAUGAUUCAGAAGUCGCAGAACUUGGUGGGUGAAACCCUCGCCCACAUCAUCAACGGCGCAAUCAACCGUCCCAUGCGCGACGCCCUGCUCCUCCACCAGGCUCUGCGCGAAUCGCGCAGUGGUCGCGAGCGCUCCGAGCUACUGAUCUCGCGGCUUGUCCGGCUUCACUGGGAACCUAGACAUCUGGCCCUAGUGAAGACGAACUAUCGCCGGAGAUACGGCGAGCGGCUGGAAGAGGCUAUUGCGGAGGAGAUCUUGUCUUUGAAUGGCGGUCAGGACUGGGGGGAGUUCUGUAUUGAGUUGGCGCGUAGUGCGUGA